AUGAGAAGGAGAGGCUGGAGCCGGCCCGUCCUGCCGGGCGACGAGGGGAGCGGCGGCGCGGGGCCCGACGGCCGCCGCCCCCGGGGAGCCGUGGCGGCGGAGCGCUCCUCGGCCGGCCAGACACGUGUCUCCUGGCCAGGACCUGUCAGAGCAGGGAGAGCGGGUCCUGAUUUAUCGCCCGAAACACACACACACACACACACACACACACACACACACACACCCCCGCCCGCCCUCCCCCCGGCCUCGCCUCCCGCCUCUCCCGGCGGCUCGCAGCGUCGCCGAGCUCAAACCAAACCUCCCUCCGGCGGCCGCGGGGCGGCCGCGAUCCCGCAGCCCGGCUCUGGGGCUGCGGGACCGGGCACUCUCCGUGGGCAGCAUCGCCCCCGCAGCCAUGCCCCCGGGACCCCUCUCGGUUCUGGUCGCUCACGCCCCGCCGCUCCCCUCUCGGCCGGGUCCCGGGGGACCGGGGAUCAGAGAUGGCCCUGGUCCCGCGGUGUCACUCCGCCGCAGUGCCCGUCCGAGGAGACGAAGGCUGCUUGUGGAAGUUGCGGGGGAGCUCUCCCCUUGGCUCGGCCGCCCCUUCCCGGGCGCUGGGACCGUCGAGCCUCAGCGGAGCCUUCCUGGGUGCUCUGGGUGCUGUGGGUGCGGGGAGAGCCCGCAGGAAGAGUGGGUGCUCCGCGGCUGUUAAUGGGCCACGCGUUCUGUAAUGUUAGGAGAGGAGUUAGAUUUCCCGUCGCCUAUCGGAACGAGUGGCCGGUGUCAGCGUGGCUCUGCGAGCCCGGCGGGGCCGGUCCCGGCGCUGCGCGGCAGCGGAGGAGUGGGCGCAAAGUGCGCACAGAUGCGGGAAACUUCCCCUCCACGUUCUCCUCGUCUGCAGCCCCGGCUUUUAGCGUUCGGGCCGGACCGUCCCCACCUUCCUCAGCCGGUGAGAGGAUGUCCGCGGCUCCGGAACCGGCUGUAGCGUUUUUUAAACCGAAGCCGAGGGUAUCCCGGGGUUCUCGAGCUUUACCAGCGGGUUUAAACCCGGAUUAUUGCUCCCUGCUGGUCCGUUCCCUAGCACGCCCUCCAGCACGGUGCGGCGGGGAGCCGGUGCCGCCCGGCACCAGUGCCCUGACCGCCCCCUGGGCCGCCACCCUGGGAGGAUAUUCUGGUUUUCCCCGUGGUUUUCCUCGUCCGCAGCCCACCGGGAGGUGUCUCCCCCCGGGCUGGGGCCGGUGCAGAGCGGGGAGAGGGACGGCUGGAGGUGCCGUGCGUGGAAAAUGCAGCUCAAACGACACCUCCGGAGGCUUUCCGUGUGACAGCGAAAUGGGGCAUUCCUCGCGUGGGGUGUUCCAGCACUCUCCGGCCGCCGCAUGGGAGAGCCGGGCAUGGGGAUUGCUCCGUGUAAUUUGGCGGUUCAGGCACCCCAGCGCGCUACGGUUGGCGGAUAACCAGGUGGUGUUAGCACUUAGCGAAGGAAAUAAGCUAACACGCUCUUGUAACCGCCUGGGGGGCGGGAGCCGGGCUGUGCCGCCCCGGCCCGGGGAGCUCCGUGGAGUGUUCUGGAGGCCUGGGGCGGGUUUAGGCCAGGCUGAGCGGAAGCCCGGCCAGCCCCGCGCUGCCCUUGCGGGCGGUGGGAUCCCCGCCGGUGUGCAACGCCGCCGGGACAGCCCCAGAGUGUCAGACAGGGAAGGAGGGAGGAAAGGAGCCGCCGGAGCCCCGCCACACACUGGGAUCCUUCGGGAAGUGCGGGGUGAGCUGGGCCGGAGCGCGGCUCCCGGCUCCUCACCACAGCCUCGGUGCCCCGGCCUUUGGGACGUGGGGAGGAAAAAAGGGGAGCCGGCGCUGGCGUUAUUGCUCUUUCCUCUCCUUAAGGAGGUCAAACGCGAUCGUUCAGAGCUAUUGAUUGCUCCUCGGGCUUGUAGUGAUUUGUUAAAAGUAAGUAAGGGCGAGCAGGAGGUGCGGGAACCGCUCCGGGAGAAGCCGUAG